CAAAAAUGUCUAGUUAUAAAAUCAGCCCUAUCUUGAAAUCACGACGUUGUUCUCAUUUGCAAGGUCCCCACACACGUCAUCGUCGUGGUCAGAGAGAUCGGUUCAGGUACUGAAAGUUGCAGGCUGGUGGCUGCCAUUAUACAAACGCGAAAAGAUAAAUAUGUCACUUCAGUCCAUCGAGUGAAUACGUGCACAAGACCCAGCUGAUACGACAAUAAUGCGACUCCGUCAGAAUGUUCAUUUCUUCCUUCUUGGGAUGUUUGUUGGCUUGUCACUGAGUGGGCUCGUUUACUGGGGAUUUAACUCCAUUUGGUUUGGAAAUCAUCUAACAGGUCACCUGGGUCGGACAGAUGUUGCUUCUUUAACACCAUGGUUAGCCCCGAUUGUUUGGGAGGGAACCUUUGACGCCACACUGAUCGACUCUAUCUACAAACAACAAAACAUCACCAUAGCAACCACUCUCUUCGCUUUGGGAAAAUAUACACGUUUUCUCAAAGAUUUUCUGGAGUCAGCAGAGGAGCAUUACUUUGUUGGAUUUCGAGUACAUUACUACCUGUUUACAGAUCAACCAGAGGCAAUUCCUAAUGUAAAACUAGGUCAAGAACGUUAUCUGACAGUAAAGAAGGUUCCAAGUUUGAACAGAUGGCAGGACAUUAGUAUGGGCAGGAUGGGAAUACUGGAAAAACUAAUAGAGAAUGAACUGGCCAAUGAGGCAGACUAUAUUUUCUGCCUUGACAUAGAUACAAAGUUCUAUGGCCGUUGGGGUGUGGAGACUUUGGGUCGUCUGGUAGGUGUGAUACAUCCUUGGUUCUUUAAUGUUCCAAGGUUCAUAUUUACUUAUGAGCACAGACGAGAGUCUCAAGCAUAUAUUCCAGCUGGGGAAGGUGAUUAUUAUUAUACUGGCGCUGCAUUUGGUGGCUCAUUGAAUGAUGUACAUAAACUCACCAGAACUUGCCGGGAGCAGAUGAACAUUGAUGCUGCAAACUCCAUUGAGGCGAUAUGGCAUGAGGAAUCUCACUUGAACAAGUAUUUAUUUUAUAACAAACCCAGCAAACUGCUUUCACCUGAAUAUCUGUGGCGGGACAUUAGUAUGUGUGUAGGCCAAGUGAAAAUAAUUCGCUUCUCUCAUGUCGCUAAAAACAAUGCUGAAGUUCGUCCAAACUUGUAGCAGUUUUGUGAACGUUUACAUCCUCAUCAACAUGUUGAGUUUCACAAGAAAAAAAAAAAACAAAUUUGAGAGAUCACAAAUUUGAUUAAAACCCAUUUCAAGCAUGUUGGCUUUCCACAGGGACAUUUAACUGAAAGACAUAGUUUUAAUUAUGACUGACAAUGUCUGACACCUUGUUAAAUACUGAUUAAAUCAUCUGCCAUAAUAUUUUUCAGAUAUAUAAUUUAUAAGUCAAUAAAGAUGCCAUGUGUGUAAUAUACUGUAAUGUUCUCGUGAGCUGUGAAUCAGUGAUGACCAGAUGUAUUCAUAUAAAACAUUUAAUCAUAUUUCAU